CCUUUUACCUCAAGAACUUUGCAUUCAGAGUCUUUUUUAGCUCAUCUGAUUUUUUGAAAAAAAUGAUGAGUUAUUGUCUUCAAUUGAUCUGCGUCGGCGUCGGCGUUGCCUGGUUAAGUUUUAUGUUUAGGUCAGCUUUUCUCCUAAACUAUCAAAGCUAUUGCUUUGAAACAUGCAACACUUUUUCAUCAUCAUAAGCUGACUCUGCACAUCAAGAAACAUAACUCCAUCCUGCUUUUUGCAAGAAUUAUUGCCCCUUUUGGACUUAGAAAAUCAGUUUUCUUGGUUAAGUUUUAUGUUUAGGUCAGCUUUUCUCCAAAACUAUAAAAGAUAUUGCUUUAAAACUUGCAACACUUGUCCACCAUUAUAAGCUGACCCUGUACAGCAAGAAACAUAACUCCAUCCUGCUUUUUGCAAGAUUUAUGGCCCCUUUUGGACUUAGAAAAUAUCAGAUUUCUUGGUUAAGUUUUAUGUUUAGGUCAACUUUUCACCUAAACUAUCAAAGCUAUUGCUUUGAAACUUGCAACACUUGUUCACCAUCAUAAGCUGACCCUUUACAGCAAGAAACAUAACUCCAUCCUGCUUUUUGCAAGAUUUAUGGCCCCUUUUGGAUUUAGAAAAUAUCAGAUUUCUUUAUUAAGUUUUAUGUUUAGGUCAACUUUUCUCCUAAACUAUCAAAGCUAUUGCUUUGAAACUUGCAAACUUGUUCACCAUCUUAAGCUGACCCUGUACAUUAAGAAACAUAACUCCAUCCUGCUUUUUGCAAGAAUUAUUACCCCUUUUGGACUUAGAAAAUCAGUUUUCUUGGUUAAGUUUUAUGUUUAGGUCAGCUUUUCUCCUAAACUAUCAAAGCUAUUGCUUUGAAACUUGCAACACUUGUUCCCCAUCAUAAGCUGACUCUGCACAUCAAGAAACAUAACUCCAUCCUGCUUUUUGCAAGAAUUAUGGCCCCUUUUGGACUUAGAAAAUCAGUUUUCUUGGUUAAGUUUUAUGUUUGGGCCAGCUUUGCUCCUUGACUAUAAAUACAGAUUUAUUGAAAAAUAAAUAUAUUUAUGCAAGUACGGGAUGGUACGGGUUUUAAUAUUAUUCAAUUGCGGAGCACGAAAAGCUUACGCGCAAAUUGUAGUGGGAAUGGAGGUCACAGAGGUCGUGAGAGGUCAUCUGAGGAGCUAUUCAGCCAAUCAGUAGCCGAGUCAGGCAUCAUGUGACCGUCGCAGCAAAUGAGAGUGGAGGACGAAGGGUGAACGAUCUCUUCUGAUUCUGGACGCCAUUGUUUGUUACCAUAUCUAUUACAGCAGUGAAAAUCCAGGCUAAUCCUUGAGUGCUAGAUUUCUACAUCAUUUUGCAAUCUGCAAUACAGUAUACAUCUGGACCAAUUUCGGUUUGGAAACUCGUCAAGGGCAUCCCUUACUUUUAACACGUAAGUCUUUUGGUUUGUUUGGUGUGGCAGUUUCUGCCUUUGGCACUGAUUCAGUGCUGCACUUACUUGUCUAAUCUAUUUUUAUUCAUUAUUUCAUUGUGUUACGCUGUGGUUACCAUGGCUGCUAAGAUAGCUCAGGCUUCCAAGCAGAAAGUGAAGAUAAAUUUUGAGUCUAUCGACGGGCUCAACGCCUCGAUCCCAGGGGUUGGGAAAAGGGGGGCGAAGGCAAUUGGGCGUUUCCGUAAAAAACACGGAAACAUUACGUUAGACAAUUUGGAAUAUGUUCCAAAAUUGACAAAUCCUAAGUAUAUAGCUUUGUUUCUGGACUUCUCUCCAAACCCUGAUUGGGGGGAUAAUGUAGUUACGUCCCCAGUAGCUUGGUCGCCGGACGACUCGGACAAUCCGGAUGAACAGGGGGAGAAAGAAAUGCUCUUGGAAGAACAGGCUGAGGCAAUGUUUAUUAUGGCACAAGGCUUGGGGAUUCAAGAUAACCCUGACCUUGGUGAGGGGCUUAUGGCCAAUAUACCUGAGGCUAGCAUGUCUGAAUCAGUCAAAAUAUCCUCUGCUCAGGUUCCGGAACUGGACAGCCAGUGCUCACCUAAGCUUGAAAGCUUAAAUAAGGGGUCAAGGGAAUAUUCUCAGGGGUCUGUUCAUUUCACCCCUGGGCGUCCUGCGGCCAUUCCUAAACAUUUCAAGUCGUCCAGUCGGAUGCCGACGAUGGGACACUAUUCUAGUUAUGGUGAAGAUACUGAUGAUGACCAGCAAUUUAUGCGGGGGUCAUCUUAUGGGCCAUGGUCAAACCCCUCGGUAACCCCCACACACUGGCGGGGUGUGGAUCCUAGGGGACCGUUACACACUGCCCCUCCCCCUCCUACCUCUUGGCCGUACCAAGGCUAUUAUCCUCCUGGUUUGGGAUAUGGAUGGCCUCCAUCUGGGGCACCAGUGCCCCCACCUUCUCCAUACAUGGCACCUCCCCAUUACAUUACUCCACCUCCAGUCGUCACGGCUGCAUACACCCCUCCAAAUGUGGCUGUCACAGCUGCUUACGUUCCCCAGACCCCAGUGGUAACCUCUGCACCUGGUUCCCCUCUCCCAUCAUCCCCGGUGACUCAUCAUCAUAGGGAUGUGCGACUGCCAAAGGCCUUACAAUAUGACGGCCAAGGUGAUUGGCAAAACUUUAGGGCCAGAUUUGAGAGAUAUGCGGUGGUUAAUGGGUGGUCUGAUGAACACAGUAAAGAUCAACUAUGUUGGAACUUGAUUGAUAAGGCUGGCCAAUAUUGGGCUAUUAUUCAGUCUCGUCAACCGGGUUUGACAUAUAAACAGCUUCUAGAUAAAUUAGAGCGUAGAUUUGGGGAAAAUAGUUUACCGGAAACAUAUUUAAUGCAGUUAAACUCUGCUACACAGUCAGUGGGGGAGAGCCUAGAAGAUUGGGCGGAUCGGGCCCUCCGUUUAGCUGAUAAGGCGUAUCGUAAAUUACCGGAAAGUUAUGUUGAAUCACAAGCUAUUAUGAGAUUUUGUCUAGGUUUAUUGGAUCCAGAUGCAGGGGAAUAUGUAUCUAAUAUACGUCCUGCCACUUUGCAAGAGUCUGUCGACAAAGUGAAGUGGUUUCAACAUAAUCACCGGGCCAUACGGGGUAAAAGCCCUGUUAUGGGGCGGAAGGGGUUUAGGAAUGACUCUCUUGCACCCAGCGUCCGAGCAGCCCGAGGGUCAGAAGCCCUCGAUAUCAAUAGGUCACGACCCAAAGCCAGUCUAAGUCCUAGUCGCCGAAGCUUUGAGCAGUCCCCUCCAGAGCGCCCUAAGCGGGAGGAAACCUCCCCUACCCUUAAAGACCUAGUAAAGUCAUUACUUAAAAGCCAGGAAGAUUCUAACAAAAGUCACACUGUUAUGUUAAAGGCAGUUGAACAAUUAAGCCAAAACGUGACCAGGCGGGACCGCUCUCCAUCCCCCUUUAGGAGAUCGCCGGGUAGACAAAUGACAUGUUUUAACUGUGGGGAUCCAUCUCAUUUCCGCCGGGAUUGCCCAGAAAACAGAAUGAGACGUUCUAGAAGUGCAUCGCCGUCCGAUAGGCGGGUGUCCUUUAAGGAUGAUACAAAUGAGGGUAACAAGUCUCCGGGUAACCGGGCCCGACGGGUGGCUUGUUUAAGUGAAGCCCCACCAAGCAUUCUGGUGUCCCAUGGGGUUGCAGGGGCUACGGUCGAUGUUGUUCCAUCGGGAGCAGAUCAGGUCAACCAAAGUGUGGAGGAAACUUCACUGAAUCAAAUAGGGCUGGGCAAUAGUGGGGUUGGGGUUGAAGCAUCGGUACUGAGCCAUCAUUCUCAGAAUUCAGCAUUGUUACAGGAUGCGAGUCCAAAUUUUUUGCCGGGGGAGGCUUUACCUGUUGAGGGCUACUCUCCUCAAACGCGAUCUGAAGUGAACCCUGUAGUGAAUGUGAGGCAGCUGAAGUCCGUCUCUAUGUGUAAAGUUGCAGUGGAAGUUGGGGGGAAACGGGUUGAUGCAGUGGUAGACACUGCUGCUGAGAUUACUCUGAUUUCUGAUCGCUUGUAUUACACUUUCCGUAAGAGACCACCGGUUCUAAAAACAAUUACACUUAUGACGGCAGGCAGGGAUAUGCCUAUUAGGGGCAGGAUUGUAGGUCCAGUUUCAUUAAGGAUUGGGGGGAAAUGGUUCAAGGAAAAUCUGUAUGUCGCCCCUAUUGAGGAUGACAUGUUACUAGGGUUCGAUUUUAUCUAUCGGGAACGAGCUAUAGUUAAUACUCGCCGGGAGGUGUUGGACUUCGGAAGUUGGGAAGUUCCUCUAAAAAUGUGUGGUGGUUUCCACCCUGAUAGAGUGGCCAGAGUGACAGUUGGUAAGCGCACGGUAAUCCCACCGGCAUCGCUAGCCCAUGUGCCUUGCUCCGGGGUUGAUAUGUCUAGUAGUUUCUUUGUUGAACCUCGCCAUGGGUUGAGAGUUAUGAUUCCGCGGACCUUGCAUAGUGAGGGGAGUAAUCCAGUGCUUGUCGCGGUUAAUCUGUCAGACAAUUUCCAAGUAUUAAAGAAAGGCCAAUGGGUGGCAACCGCUAGUGUCCCGGAGUGGCUAUCCGAAGAGGGGACUCUGUCCUCAGAUGUUGUCACCAGGGACCAGCCUAAUGCCUUUAUAGCUAAGGCCUGCCAGGUUAUCAAGGGAGGGGAGGGGGUCCCGGAACAUAUAAGAUCACUUAUGGAAAAGGAAUACGAAGGCCUUACUGUAGAACAAGGGGAGGCAGUGAGGAAUCUUAUCCUUGAAUUUCAGGAUGUGUUUGCGCGUGGGGAUUUAGAUUUGGGAGAGGUUAAGGGGGUAAGCCAUUCAAUUGACACGGGAAGUGCACGGCCAGUAAAGCAAAGGAUGCGCAGAACCCCAGUUGGUUUUGCAGACGAGGAAGAAAAUCACCUUAACAAAAUGUUGGAGGCGGGCGUGAUUAGACCGUCUGUUUCGGAGUGGGCUUCCCCUCCAGUCCUUAUUAGAAAGAGGGAUGGGGGGGUUCGCUGGUGCGUGGACUAUAGGGCUUUAAACGCGGUUUCCGCCAAGAUGUGUACCCGUUACCUAGGGUGGACGACUGCCCUGGACACUCUGGCAGGUAACGAAUGGUUUAGCAAGUUAGAUGCUAACAGUGCUACUGGCAAAUUUCAAUUCGAGAGGAAACCGCCACAAAACAGCAUUUUAACAAAACAGGGUCUGUUGAGCAUGUCCGAAUGGCUUUGGCCUUUGUAA